CCCCCAAAUAAGUCAUCGACGCCAAGUCCACAUUCUCUUUUCGAAGCCAAAAAUCACACGCCUCGCGCAAAUCCUUUUCUUCCAAAACUCCGUUCUCGCUCCCAUAAAUCACAUCUUGAUUUUCUGCCAUGAGUCCCGUCCUCAACAGCCUUCACUCCUAGCGACCAUGCCUUACCAUGUGACCUGCCUUGUGAUCAUCACCGCCAAACCCACAUUUUCAGGUACUGUGCCCUUAUCAACUGCGUGAUACUCGCUUUCUUUCACCAGUUUCACCUUCUCAGAUCUGUUUCGCAUUGUUUGUACAGUACCUGCAUUCUUGAUUUUUCAGUUACAGACCUAGCUCCAGCUCUAUAAGAUCUUUUUUUGUUUCUCCAAAUUGUUGAAUUUGUAAAGAAAAAAAUUUGAUGGAAAUGGAGAUUUCUUGUGGAGCAUCACCUAGAAAUAGGUCCGAUCAUCUGAAAAAAGACGGAUCCGAAGAGACCCAUUUACAAAACUUUGAGUUGGAAUCCGCUGAUAACAUUACCGGGUCUAAUUCCCAGUUCCGUUCAAUGAAUGCCUUGGAGAUCCUAAGAGAAUCCGUUAAGAUUCUCCGCUACAAUUCGUCGGGGUUUAUGAUUAUCACCGCGUUGCUCAUUUGCCCAGUGACUGCCGUGCUUUUAUCGAAUGUUUUAGUGAAACAGUCUAUUGUGAAGAGACUGACGGUUAGGCUUUUGUUGGUGGCCAAGUCCAGUGGACUGCCUCUUAGGCCUUUUGUCAAACACUCGUGCCAACAUUUCGCAGAGAUGGCCGUUUCAUCGACAAUGUGCUUCCCGUUGUACAUUACCUUGUCGUUGUUAUCAAAAGCUGCCGUGGUUUAUUCAGUAGAUUGUAGUUAUUCGAGGAAAAAAUUUGAUGUGUCCAAGUUUCAUGUGAUCAUUGCCAAGAUUUGGAGACGGCUUGUUUCGACGUAUGUGUGGGUGUGCUUGUUGGUUGUUAGUUGUGUCACAUUGUUUUUUGUUUUACUUGUUCUUGUGUGCAGUGCAUGUGUUGUAAUUGGGUUUUCGCCGGAUCUGAUUGUCUAUGCUGCAAUGAUGAUGGGGCUUGUUUUUUCGGUUAUUUUUGCCAAUGCAAUCAUUAUUUGCAACAUUGCUAUUGUGAUCUCAGUGUUGGAGGAUGUUUCAGGGCCGCAGGCAAUGCUGCGGUCCAGUGUGUUGAUUAAGGGCCAGACUCAAGUGGGUCUUUUGAUAUUUCUUGGAUCGACAAUUGGGAUGGCGUUUAUUGAGGGAUUGUUUGAGCAUAGAGUGAAGACGCUGAGCUAUGGAGAUGGGUCUUCGAGGAUCUGGGAAGGGCCUCUUUUGGUGAUUAUGUUUUCCUUUGUGGUGCUUAUUGAUUCCAUGAUGAGUGCAGUUUUCUACUUCAGUUGUAGAUCUUUCAAUAUGGAAGCUUUGGGUGGUGAAGGCCACUCAAUACUAGAAACAAUGGCUGUUUCUACUGAAAGGAUGGCAUUCAAUGAUAUUACUUAGUAAUUUUGAUUUACUGUUAGCAAAACAUUUUUGAUUGAAUAACAUGAAGGAUGAAAAUUAGGAUCUUGUUACCAGUUGUUUAUUUACGGCUGAACAGCAGAACAGGAUCGGUGUAUUGGUACGACAGUAUUCCUUCACAAAAGAAUAUAUUGUAGGCGGUGCGGUUGCCUCAAAUGGCUCUCAAUUCUUGGAUGGAUAUUUGACUUUAGUACAUAAAGUGGCUUCUUGCUGAUCACAAGGGCAUGGGGAUGGAAGGAAGGUAUCAAAAAGCUUCGUAUUGCAGCACUGUAGGAGGUAUAUUGCUUGUAGGAAAAGUCUUGGAAACUACAAUUCCUUUUUGGCUUUUACAUGUAUAAUGCAUAUACUUUUGUAAUGGCAGAUGACACAGAAUUAUCUUCAAAUUCAUUUUAAAUUCGUUUAUAGAAAUUACUACAUGUUCUUUGAGUACUCA